AUGGGGGGGUCCCUGUUGGUGCCCCCAGGCUCACCCCUGCCCCCCCCAGACGAGCCGUGUCUGCAGCUGCGCAGGAACGUGUUCUUCCCCAAGAGCAGGGAGCUGGAGGUGCAGUCGGAGGCGCUGCUGCGGCUGCUCUACGAGGACGCGCGGGGGCAGGUGCUGGGGGGGCGCCUCCCGCUGGACCCCCCCCAGGCCCUGGCUCUGGGGGCCCUGAGCUGCCGCCUGCGCCUGGGCCCCUUCCAGCCGGGGCUGCACACGGCGCGAACCAUCAGGCCGCUGCUGCCGGAGCUGCUGCCGCGGGCGGCGCCGCGGGGCUGGGGGGGGCUCUGGGGGGCGCUCGUCCGCCGCGGCCCCCGGGAGCCCCCCCCCGAGCAGCGGCUGCUCGAGGCCUUCGCCCGCACCCCCGGGCCCGGAGCCCCCCCGGCGGAGCUGCACCGGGGCUUCCUGAGGAGCUGCCACGACCUGCCCGGCUACGGCUGCGCCUUCUUCCCGGGAGCCAUCGAGCGUCCCUCCGGGGGGCUGCUGGGCCGGGGGGGGCUGCGACCCGUAACUGUUGCUGUGGGGCUGGAGGGGGUCACCAUCAUCGACCCCCGGGAGAAGCACGUGCUGCUGACGCUGACCUACCCCGAGCUGUGCUGGGAGCUGGUGGGCGCCGUGGGGCAGGAGGGGGACGAGGCCGUGGGGCAGGAGGGGGACGAGGCCACGGGGCCCCCCCAGCUCUGGCUGGAGUUUGAUGGGGACCACGAGGGAGCCCCCGUGAACCGGCUGCUGCGGGUGUUCUCCCCACAGGCGGAGCUGAUGAGCGCCCUCAUCGAGUGCUGCAUCGAGCUGGGAGGGGCGGGGCCAGAGCCGGCGCAGGGCCCGCCCCGGGACCAAGCCCCGCCCUCGGAAAGCCCCGCCCCCGAAGCCCCGACGCGGGGCGCCCCCUCGCGGCCGCGCCUGCAGCGCUUGGCGACCAUCGACUACGUCCAGGAGGGGCAGGAGCUGCGGAGGGUGAAGCCCCCCCGGCGCUCGGCCUCGUUCUUCAGCAGGGGGGGCUCCUACAGCGCCGUGGCGGAGCAGGGCUGACCCC